AUGCGGAUUGGUGACGGACACACAGGUGGAGGGCGUGACAGUCACGUCUCUUCUCAUGUGGCGGGCUUCUCACCACAGAUGUCUGGCUCAAAGCCCGAUCACCCUGGCAGCGGCGGUGUUCCAAACAGCGGCGGAGGUCGGCAGCGUGUCUGUUACAACUGCGGGAAAAGCGGACAUCUCGCGGCCAGCUGUUUUGAGGUUCUCGGUUAUCCCGACUGGUACCCCCGUGGUGGUGCUGGCCGCAGAGGUGGUAGGCGCGGCCGCGGCGGUCGUGGCGGGGGAGCAACACUCCUAUGCCUAGGCGAUCGGGGCUCGAGUGCGUUUGGGAACACGCGGGCGUGUGGUGCGGGUCUCUUGGUCGUGCGAGGAAAGGCGCGCGCGUGUUCUAUCGCGCGCUGGGAACGGGGUCGCUCUGAUCUCGGGACGACAAUCAGCACGGGCUGGAAGGGAUGGCGUGUGGUGGUCACGGGGCAUCGCUGCUGGGAGCUGGUUCCAGCGCUGAGCGGCACACGGCUGGGCACGGGAUUACGCGACUGCGUGCGGUGGGCGCUGGUGACUUCCGGCGGCGGCAAUUUCCGGCGACUCUUCGGCGGCAACUGA